AUGCCUGGAGCCAUGAAAAUAUUUUUCUUUAUUUUUGCUGCUCUCAUUCUUCUUGCUCAAAUUUUCCAAGCCAGGACAGCAAUUCAUAGAGCACUAAUUAGUAAGAGAAUGGAAGGUCACUGUGAAGCCGAAUGUCUUACCUUUGAAGUAAAGACUGGGGGCUGUAGAGCUGAAUUAGCACCAUUUUGCUGCAAAAACAGAAAGAAACAUUAA